GAAAUAUGGUAACUGGUGUUUAUUUGCGCCAGAAACGAUUUAAAACGAACCUGUCACGGGUAAAAAUGUUUUUAAAAAAAGCCUCUCUUUCAAAUCCACACAGGCGCUCACUAUUUGGCAGGGCGGGCGUGAGAUGCAUUCGUUGUAAACAGCUCAGUGUUUGGCAGGAAGAGGCUAUUGUACAGGUGUAACUUUAUACCUGUCGACCGGAAAUACACGCCGGGAUAACGAGGAAAUGAAAACACUAAACUUAACUAUUAUUUGUUUUAAACGAAUUUAGUCAUUCAGCUUUUAUUAAAUUAGAAAUCUCACUGAUAUUCAUAUUAUUAAUGCGUGCAGGUGUCGUUUUAUUUAUUUAUGUAACCCCGAGAUAUCAGAUUACAGACGAAUGGACUCUCUAAAGAAAGGUACGCAAUGGCCCCCUCCUCAGUGAAGCUGCAGGAGUUGAUCCGGGUGAUUCGCACAGCGAAGACUCAGGCGGAGGAGAGAGGGAUGAUCCAGAAGGAAUGUGCCGACAUCCGCUCGGCGUUCCGGGACGAGGACCCGGCCUUCCGCUGCCGGAACGUGGCCAAGCUGCUGUACAUGCACAUGCUGGGAUACCCCGCCCACUUCGGACAGAUGGAGUGUUUGAAGCUCAUCGCCUCCCCUCGCUUCACUGAUAAGCGGGUGGGGUAUCUGGGGGCAAUGCUGUUGCUGGAUGAGAGGCACGAUGCCAGCCUGCUGAUCACCAACUCCAUCAAGAAUGAUUUGAAUCACAGCAGUCAGUACAUUCAGGGCCUCGCUCUCUGUACUUUGGGGUGCAUGGGGUCCCCUGAAAUGUGCCGAGACCUGGCGACAGAGGUGGAGAGAUUACUGAAGGCAUCCAACUCCUACAUCAAGAAAAAGGCGGCGCUGGCUGCGGUCCACAUUGUGAGGAAGGUUCCAGAGCUUAUAGAACUCUUCAUCCCUGCAACAAAGAGGCUGCUGGGAGAAAAGAACCAUGGUGUUCUGCACGGGACGGUGAUUCUGAUAACAGAGAUGUGUGAGCGCAGUCCGGACACACUGAGGAAGUACCGUAAGGUGGUCCCUGAACUGGUUCAGAUCAUGAAGGGGUUAAUAAUGUCGGGGUAUUCCCCCGAGCACAACGUGGCAGGGAUCAGUGACCCCUUCUUACAGGUUCGAAUCCUGUGCUUGCUGAGGAUUCUGGGACACCAUGACGGUGACGCCAGUGAAGCGAUGAACGACAUUCUAGCACAGGUUGCCACGAACACAGACACCAGUAAGAAUGCUGGGAACGCCAUCCUGUAUGAAACCGUGCUGACCAUCAUGGACAUCCGAUCAGAGAGCGGGCUGCGGGUUUUAGCUGUAAAUAUCCUGGGCAGAUUUCUAUUAAACAACGAUAAGAAUAUUCGCUACAUCGCGAUGAUGUCACUGUUGAAGAUGGUUCAGACGGACCACAAUGCAGUGCAGCGGCACAGAGGGACCAUUGUGGACUGUCUCAAAGACACCGACGCAUCGGUCAAGAGGAAAGCUCUGGAUCUGAGCCUGGCUCUGGUGAACGCUCACAACGUUCGCUCGAUGAUGAAGGAGCUCCUCCCCUUCCUGGAUAACUGCCCCCCGGAGCUGCGCUCUGACUGCGCCUCAGGGGUCUUCCUCGCUGCAGAGAAAUUUGCCCCAUCCAAGCGCUGGCACAUUGACACAAUACUGAGAGUGCUCACCACGGCUGGCAGUUUUGUUCGUGACGAGACGGUUCCCAAUCUGAUCGUGUUGAUCACCAACGCCUCUGAACUGUACUGUUACACCGUGCACAAACUGUACAGGGCUGUGCUCAACGAUAUAUCCCAGCAGCCGCUGGUUCAGGUGGCCUCCUGGUGUAUUGGUGAAUAUGGAGACCUGUUACUGACAGGAGUGUGUGAGGAUGUGGAGCCAAUGCAGGUGACGGAGGACGAAGUCCUGGACGUGCUGGAGACGUUGUUGCAGUCUCACAUGUCCUCCCCUGCGACGAGGGCAUACGCACUGACAGCCCUCAUGAAACUGAGCACCCGGAUCAGAGAUAAUGUGGAUCGAAUCAGGAAGGUGGUGUCGAUCUACGGCAGCUGCAUUGACGUGGAGCUCCAGCAGAGGGCAGUGGAGUACAACGCACUGUUCAAGAAGUACGACCACAUGAGGUCCGCAGUGCUGGAGAGAAUGCCUCUGAUGGAGAAAGGGUCCCCCAACCACAAUGAUCAGAGCGCUCUCAUUUCAAACGGAGAGAGAGAGGGAGGGGGGGAGACCCAGGGGGGGGUCAAACUGCAGCCCCCCGUCGCCUCACAGACAAUGGACCUGUUGGAUCUGAUCGGGGUUCCAGACGCCUCGCUCCCAGAAGCUUUGCCCCAGCCCCUGUCCCAGCCCCUCACUGGUCAGACUGGGAUUGAGAGCUCUGUCGGGGGAGAACUACUGGAUCUACUGGGAGGCAUCGACUUCGGAGGCAUCCCCUCCAUCACAGCCUACAACAAGAACGGGCUGAGCCUCGAAUUCAGCUUCCAGAGAGAGCAGGGCAGCCUGCUGACCAUCACACUGCAGGCCAGGAACAGCACAGCCUCCGACAUGACAGAGUUCAUCUUCCAGGCAGCCGUGCCCAAGACUGUGCAGUUGCAGCUUCAGGCCCCCAGUGGUGAUGUGGUGCCGGCGAUGAACAGAGGGAGUGUGAGCCAGAGCAUCCUGAUCAACAACCCCAACAGAGUGGCUCUCAAGAUGAGGCUGCGUCUGUCCUACUCUGUCCAGGGCAGCUCUGUUCAGGACGUGGCCGAGGUCAGCAACUUCCCAGCCCAGGCCUGGCAAUGACCCACCCCCCCCCCCACCCUGUCAAGCGUCGCCUUCCGAAACCCUGGCAACGGUAACUCUAAGCACACCCCUGUCAACGUCCAGCUCGCCAGGACCGCCCUGGCAAGAUAUCGGCAUUCAAUUGAAAACAAACAAACCUGUCAAGGACAGUUUUUCAUAUUAAAAAUCCAAACCUGUCAAGUACCUGUUAAUGACGACCAAACCCAGACCUGUCAACGAUUAAUUAUAAUGUUGUAAAAAUAAUUAUAAAUAUAUACAAACCUGUCAACGUCCCUUAUAAUUCAGUACCCGUCAAGGAAGCUAUAAAUGCCCCCAGUUUUCCAAAAGCAUACCUGUCAAGGGCCAGUCUCCACUAGGGACCUGUCAAUGACAAGUGUCAGAUACAGACCUGUCAAUGACAGCGUUCCACCGAGUACCUGUCAAGGAGCCCCUCCCAAACAAUGCAGACCUGUCAACGGCAACUACUGUCAGUUAAGUGAUGAAUUGAGGAGGAGUUAUUAUUAUUAUUAUUAUUAUUAUUAUUAUUAUUAUUAUUAUUAUUUUAGACUUUAUUGAGGGGAGCUCUGAACCCCAGGACUGGGUGCAGCAGCAGCAGCAGCAGGGCUAGUGUGAGUUUGUAACCCUGCUCAAACUCCUGGCUCCUGAUCAUUUCAAUAUUAAUAAUAAUAACACUAGACUUCAUUGAGGGGAGCUCUGAACCCCAGGACUGGCAGCAGCAGCAGCAGCAGGGCUAGUGUGAGUUUGUAACCCUGCUCAAACUCCUGGCUCCUGAUCAUGUCAGUAAUCCACACGUCGUCUGGCUGCGGGCUGCUGGUUUGAAAGGCAGGGCUGUGUGGAUGUGCUUGAGAGAGGCAGCUGCAGUGUGACUGUCAGAAACCAGCGCUGACACGCCCUGCAGGGGAUUGUGAUGUCACGCUGCAGAGAGCGCGCCACUGGCUGAGGCAGAGUGACAUCACAAUGGCCUGGAACGCCGCUGCAGAGUGACAUCACAGUGACCUGGAAUCAAGGUAUAUAUAUAUUUGAAUCUGUUGGGUUGGCGGGUUUUAUUCAUUUUUAAGAGUGUUAUUGUUGGUGUGUAUUGUUUUGAAAUUUGAAUUUAAAAAAAAGAAGUCUAUCUUAAAAAAUAUUGUGCUGAACUUGGUUAUAUUAUAUAAUAUUAUAUACAAGGUCUUUUGUUUAAGGGUUACUUGCUUGUUGCAUCACCCACAACCUGGGCUCUGUUAUUUUCACGGUUUUUAAAACAUAUAUUUAUUCAACCGAAAAACAAUGGCGUUGUCUCGUUCAAAAUAGAUCAUUUUCUCCUAGUUAUUCUGCAGCAAAUUUCACAGAAAUUGUGAAAGCUGUGAUUUUAAAUAAAUAACUAAAUAAAUACAUAAAUACAGCCUCACAACGAUCGCACGAUCCUGCCGAAUUCAGAAAUCCGAAAGGAAACUCAAUCAAUUCAACGAUAAACAUUUUCAUUGAAGACGCGGGGGGAGGAGACAGGGAGACUUCUGGUCUAAAAUGUUUGCCGUUUUUAAUUUAUUGUGUUUUCUUUUACCGUUUCUAACUUUUAAAAUGUUUAUUAUAAAAUAAAAUCAAAAUUAAAUGGCUCAAAAAAAAAAAUCUGACUAUUUUUUUUAGGGUCUGCCAGUGUCUCUAUAGACAAGCCAGCAGCGCCAUCUAGUGCACAGCUAGAGUAUUGCCAGCAAACACUGUGUUUUAUAUUUUAUUCAUCAGUCUGUGUUGCUCUGGCUCCGAGUUCAGGAGCUGCUCUUCAGUUCUAGCUGCGCUGCCAUAGUUAUUGUAUUGUGAAUCGGUACAGCCCUGGCUAGGACUACAGCUCCCAGCAUGCCUCUGCACCCGCGGCAAUGGCGAGGGAUGCUGGGAGCUGUAGUUCUUUAACUGCAAUGCGCUGGGCUGGGCUGUAUUACAUUGUUUUGCUCAGUCUGCGCUGCUUUGACUGUGAGUUCAGGAGCUGCUCUUCAGUUCUAGCUGCGCUGCCAUAGACACGUGCAACACAGGCUAGAUCAGCCAGUGUCUCUAUAGAACAGCCAGCAGCGCCAUCUAGCUGAAAUGGCCAGUUUUUAGAAAGAACUGUUUUAGAAACAGCCAGCAGUGCCAUCUAGUGCACAGCUAUAGUAUUGCCAGCAAAACAAACUUGCUCCACAGUGGCAGACCACUAGAUGGUGCUGCUGGCUCUUCUAUAGAGACACUGGCUGAUUCAGCCUGUGUUUACAUAUGGGUGUAAAUCAGCAAAAUUGAACCAGAUAACAAAUAAGAAUUGUCCAAGUUCUGCAGAUAUACCGCCUCUGGUUUCUGCUGCAUGUCAAUAAUAAUCUCCCCCUGAACUCAGUGCAUUAAAACCGAAAACGAAAGACCUUGUUAUUUUUGGGCUGAAUAAAUCUGAUUCCUCUGUCCUGCACUUCCCUCUCUCCACAGCAGGGGGUGCAGUUUCCCAGCUUUUUUUUUUUUUUUUUUUGUUUGUUUAUUUAUGUGUUUUUUUUAAUAUAGUUAAAAUACUACAAAUCCCUUUAAAAACUACAAUGUGUGUACUGGACACGUCUUACUGUAUUUUAAUUUCUAAUAAAGAUUGUUUUAAAAAAUUA